GAGCACCUGACUCGCUCGACAGUUUGACAGUAUAGUUGUUACCAUCGCGGGAAAUGGAAGUCAUUUGUAAGCGAGGUAAAACCUUUCCAAAUUUUUAUCUACUCGUAUUAAUUAUAGCCCAAGUGGGCUUACACAUAGUGGAGGGAGUGUGGCCACUACCUCAGAGUUUCAUCUCCUCACCGGAGCAGUACCGACUCAACCCACAGGCUCUCUACUUUGGAUACGGAAGACAAUCAGCCGCACAGCCGGGAUGUACUGUUCUAGAUUCUGCAUUCAAGAGAUACUUUUCUCUUGUUUUUCCUGACUUCACUUCUGGUUAUGGUGCCCUUCGAUUCAGUGCAGAUACACCAUUCAGUGUUGUGGUCAGUGUUGACCAUGAUGAUUGUGAAGGUUACCCAAGUGAGGAUUCCUCCGAAAGAUACAGCCUGACUGUCUCUGCGGGGCAUGCAUCUCUGAAUGCAGAAACGGUGUGGGGUGCUUUAAGAGGUCUUGAAACCUUCAGUCAGCUGGUGUAUCAGGAUGAUUAUGGCUUAUACUUUGUGAACAAAACUGAGAUUGAAGACUUCCCCCGCUUUCAGUUUAGGGCUAUUUUGUUGGACACUUCGCGACACUAUUUACCAGUGCAGACCAUCUUAAAAACUCUGGAUGCAAUGGCCUACAGUAAGUUCAAUGUGUUUCAUUGGCACAUUGUUGAUGACCCCUCCUUCCCUUACCAGAGCCGCACCUUUCCAGACCUCUCCACAAAGGGGGCUUUCCAUCCGAUGACUCACAUCUACACACAGACUGAUGUGAAAAGGGUGAUCUCACAUGGCCGACUGCGGGGAAUAAGGAUCCUUCCCGAGUUUGAUUCACCUGGUCACACCAAGUCUUGGGGAAAAGGGCAGUCUGACCUGCUGACUCCCUGCUACAAAGGGAGCACCCCAUCUGGUACUUUUGGUCCUAUAAAUCCAACGUUACCCUCCACAUACAAGUUCAUGGCAGCACUAUUUAAGGAAGUGUCAUCAGUAUUUCCUGAUUCCUAUAUCCACUUAGGAGGUGAUGAGGUUAACUUUUCCUGCUGGAAAUCCAACCCUGAUGUUCUUGCAUUUAUGGAGGAGAUGGGUUUUGGAGGAGACUUUACCAAACUUGAAGCAUUCUACAUGGAGAACAUAGUGAAUAUCACCUCAGCUCUCAACAAGACUUCUGUAGUGUGGCAGGAUGUGUUUGACUACCAUGAGCAGAUUCCUAAGGACACAGUGCUGCAUAUCUGGAAAGGCUUACCAGCUAAAUAUCAGGACGAGCUCAGCAAGAUCACCAAAGCUGGCAUGAGGGUCCUGCUGGCGGCCCCUUGGUACAUCAACCAUAUUUCCUAUGGCCAGGACUGGCGCAACUACUACACUGUGCAGCCACUGAACUUUUCUGGAACUGAGGAACAGAAGAAGCUGGUAAUUGGGGGUGAGGUCUGCAUGUGGGGAGAAUACGUCGACGCAACCAAUCUCAAUCCACGUCUAUGGCCAAGGGCAAGUGCUGCAGCAGAAAGACUGUGGAGUGAUGAGAAGCAGACCUUCAAUGUGAACAAGGCCUUUCCUCGUUUGCAGGAAUUUCGCUGCAAGCUCUUGAGGCGUGGUAUCCAGGCAGAGCCUCUAUUUGUAGGACACUGCAAACAUGAGUACCAAGGGAUUUGAACAACUGGAUGGACUACCCUUCAAAAUCAGGAUUUGUUUGGAAAAGUUUGAAUUUUAUAAUUUCACAGUUUGCUCUCAAGAUGAUUUUAGUAAAAAAUAUCUAUAUUUUGCGGUGCCUGUAAAGCUGAUUUUGUGAGAAAUACUCUUUAUUUACAAGUCUUAUGUUAGGUAUGAACAUGCUGAAAUGCUUUCUCAGGGAUUUAUGGAGAAGUAUGAAAGAGGAUUAGGGCCACUGAAUUUUUUUUUCGUUUUUGAAAUGCACAAUGUUUUUUUCUAAUUCUGAGAUUAAAAUCAGAUUCCUGAGGAAAAAAAAAGCAGAAUUCUGAGUUUAAAGUCAGAAUUUGAGAAAAAAGUCAGAAUUCUGUUCUGAGGUAAAAGUCUUCUGACUUCAAUCUCAGGAUUCUCACUUUUUUCUUACCAGUAAAACACAAAAUUUUGUGGCUCAUGAUUUUUUUCAAUGGCCCUAACUCUCUUCUGUAGAGAAGGGACUGGAUGUAGAAAUGGUGGAUCUCAGCACAAGUAUAUGCAAGAAGCAUCAUCGUUGUCAGGAAAACACAAUAUCUUAUCUGUGUGACUCAACAUUUUUAGACAGUCACCUUUCUUGUAAUUGGACAUGCAGAAUGAUGAAUGUGGGAUUUUCUAUCAGAUGUGAAAAAGCUGCUUGUCUUGGACUUGUUUUCUAACCUAUUUUAUGCUUUUUUGUUCUUGUUUUUUGUUGUAAAAUGCUUUUAUUAUUGAUUUUUUAUGAUUAAUAAAUUGCUUGACUUUU